AUGAAGCAACGACUGCAACUCCUCUUCCUCUGGCUGGCCCUGAUAGCUCCAGCUCUAUGUGCUUCCGCGACAUCUUUCUGCAAAUGCACAUGCUUUAGCAACAGCACCAUUAUCCCAUUGACAAACAUUCCUGGAGAGUCAACAGCAAAGAAGGCAACAUGCAACGACUGCAACAGGCAGUUUUGUCUCUCAUAUAAUCUGCCGAUAUGCAAAGAUGCCAAAGACGCCGAUGUCUUUACUACUUGCUUCCAAAGAGACUCGACCAAGGAUCAGUUGAUUGUCUUUACCUUCAUCUUUGUUACUUGUGGAUUGUUGAUCUGGGCUACUGUCAGACCAUACGCUGAGACAUAUCUCGAGAAAUUCCGCAAUCGACACAGCUACAAUCCCGUCGCACAGAAUGGCAAUUGA